AGCUUCAGAAAAGCAUCUUCUCCUCCCAUAACUUGACAUUUUUGAGGAAAUUAAUUAAAUUUUCUCUCACAUUUUUCUCCACUAUAAACUUGAACUUUCCUAUCGAUCUGGUGCAAGUUAAAGAACCAAAUGGCUUGCUUAAACUUUCACAAAAGGUGUGAGAAGAGGGAGAUGGAAAAAGACGAAUAUACCUUUGAUGGAAGUGUGGAUAAGCAGGGUGAACCUGCGGUGCGUGCUAAGACUGGAAGGUGGUUUGCUGGUGUUCUCUUACUUGUGAAUCAAGGUCUAGCUACACUAGCAUUCUUUGGAGUUGGAGUGAAUUUAGUACUAUUUUUAACUAGAGUUAUGGGUCAAGACAAUGCUGAAGCAGCCAACAGUGUGAGCAAAUGGACAGGCACAGUUUAUAUCUUUUCCCUUUUGGGAGCUUUCGUAAGUGAUUCCUACUGGGGAAGAUAUAAGACUUGUGCUAUUUUCCAAGCCAUUUUUGUAGCGGGACUGGUUUCACUUUCAUUGACAUCAUACAUUUUCUUAAUCAAGCCUAACGACUGUGGAGAUGAGGAGACCCCUUGUGGGUCCCACUCAACUAUCAGCGUCGCCCUCUUCUAUGUGUCAAUUUACUUAAUUGCCCUUGGAAAUGGAGGGUAUCAACCUACUAUUGCAACAUUUGGAGCAGACCAAUUUGAUGAAGAUCACCCUCAAGAAAGUCACUCAAAAGUGGCUUUUUUUAGCUACUUUUACCUUGCAUUAAAUCUUGGAUCUUUGUUUUCAAAUACCAUCUUAGGAUAUUUUGAAGAUCAAGGAAUGUGGACAAUAGGCUUUUGGGCAUCAGCUGGCUCUGCCAUUUUGGCACUUGUCUUGUUUCUUAUUGGAACACCUAGAUAUAGACACUUCAAACCUACAGGCAACCCUCUAUCAAGAUUUUGUCAAGUGGUUGUAGCUGCAACUAAGAAAUGGAAUGUUCAACAACCUUCAAGGGGAGAUGAACUAUAUGAAGGUGAUGAACAAGACCUUCCUCUCAAUGGAAAUAGAAGAAUUCUCCACACACAAGGAUUCAAAUUCUUGGAUAGAGCAGCUAUAAUCACAUCAAAGGAAGGAGGAGGGAACAGCCCAUGGCGCCUUUGUGCAGUGUCUCAAGUAGAAGAAGUGAAAUGCAUAUUGAGACUGCUUCCAAUUUGGCUUUGCACAAUACUUUAUUCAGUUGUGUUUACUCAAAUGGCCUCUUUAUUUGUGGAGCAAGGGGCUGCAAUGAAAACAACUCUUUCAGGAUUCCAUAUUCCUCCAGCAAGCAUGUCUAGUUUCGACAUCCUCAGUGUUGCAUCAUUCAUUUUCAUCUACAGGCGAGUUCUUGAUCCCCUCGUUGCAAGAUUAAAAAAAUCUUCUCCAAGGGGAUUGACAGAGCUUCAAAGGAUGGGAGUUGGCCUCAUAAUUGCUAUAAUGGCAAUGGUAGCUGCAGGAAUAGUUGAGCACUUCAGGUUAAAAUCGGCAGAAAAAGAUUGUUCACAUGACUGCUCGAAUUCAAGUUCGUUAAGCAUUUUCUGGCAAGUACCUCAAUAUGUACUGAUAGGAGCAUCGGAGGUGUUUAUGUAUGUUGGACAAUUGGAGUUCUUUAAUGGACAAGCACCUGAUGGAUUGAAAAGCUUUGGAAGUGCAUUGUGUAUGACUUCAAUUUCACUAGGAAACUAUGUGAGCAGCUUGUUGGUUUCUGUUGUCAUGAAAAUUUCAACUACUGAUAAUAUGCCUGGAUGGAUACCUGGAAAUCUCAACAAGGGUCAUUUAGACAGAUUCUAUUUCUUGUUAGCAGCUUUGACAUCAGCUGAUUUUUUGGUCUAUCUCAUAUGUGCAAAGUGGUAUAAGUACAUUAAAUUUGAAGAAAGAAGCAUUGAAAAGCAAAAUGGAGAGAAGCAGGGUGAUUUCAGAGUGUAGACUAAACACAUUUCAUGUUAUGUUAUGUUUCCAAUUAUUUGUUCUAAAUAACAACAAAAACAUAGGAUUAGAAAAGAUGAUAUGUAUUAGGUUGCAAGGAGACUAGAGAAAGUGCAUUGUUAUUCUUCUCUAAGUCGAGCACAAGAUGCAUGUUUCGUUGGAUGGUAUGCACUAUCAAAUUCUUUGCAUUUGUAAAUCUUCUUGCUCUGCUAUUAUAUAUAUAUUUUUUCUUUUACUUUAA